UGCAGCAAAGAGCACCCAGCAGGCAGGAGUGGUGGCCAUGGCCACCAGGGGGCGUCCAGCUAGCUAUUCACAGCGACCAAUAUACAUGCACAGACACGCAAGUGUCAUUGAUGCAAGUCAAGGCCAAUUCGAUUCGUUGAACGCCCCGGGGCGGCCAGGCAGCCGCCCCGUCCUCAGCUAUCUACGUAUGGUGGGUGGCUUCCAACUCAUCUUUGCCUCCGGCCAGCCAGCCAGCCAGCCAGUCAGCUACUCCUCACUCGUCAGUCGGCCAUGUCGCCUUCGCCUUCGCCGUACUGGUCCCACUGCACUUCGCCCUGAUCCACUCCACCAUCUCCCAUGCCAUUUGCACACACAGAUGGCCAUCCAAGAAUGGAUUGCCACCACCACAUGCAUUGCGCGCACACGAAUUACUCACCAUCCAUGUCGUUGGCAGCAGCAGCUGCUGCUGCUGCUGGGUCUGGUGCGCCGCCCUCCUGUCCUGUGUUGUAGUAGAGUUGAUUUGCGAUAUUGGGGUCGUUGAGCUCCUCCUCUAGCAGGUCGAGCAGGCUGUUGCCCUCACGCGCACGCUUCUCCUGAGUCCACUCCUCCAAAUAGGUCACAGUCUGACACACAUCACAAUCACAAUCACAUACACAUCGUGCUGGCUGGCUCUUCUUUCUCUGUGUGAGUGUGGGUGGGUUGGUUGGAUCGCUCACGUGUUUGACGCGCGUCUGGUCGUUGUAGGUCUCCAUCUUGCUGCGGAUCGACAUGUGGUAACUCUGAACGGACAAACGAAACAACGCGAAUGAGCACACACAGCACACGCGCAUUCCUCAUGUGUCUGUCUCUUGUGUGAGAGAGUGAGCUACCGACCUUGUGUGUGGCCUCUGUGAUGUAGCCCUCGUACGUCGGGUCGCCCUCGUUCUGCCCCGCCUCAUACAGCGGCUCCAACGCAGCGGCAUCAAUCCCCAAUAUCACCUAAGAGAGUGUGGGCCAUGGCCAAGUCAGUGGUCCAUGUGCUGUGCGCACAUACGUGCGUGUGUGUGCGUCGAGGGAGGGCGGAGGGGAGCGGUAGGUACCUUUGCGGUUUCGUCGAAUGCAGUGGCGUAUAUGGCCAUCUUGGAGUGGUCCAUCAGGUGCAGCGGGAGAAUGUACCUGCACGACGAGGGAGAAGGGAGAGAGAGAGGUGGGGUGGGGUGGGAGGGGAGGGGGCUCGGUCAUCGAGACGCACACUUGGACGCCCCGCCCCGCCCACCGAGGGUUCUUGUGUUCGAUGGUCUUCUGGCAUUGGUUGCAGCUGAACUUGUUCUCGUCCUGGGGCUCCACCUUCCUCUUGCACUCGGGGCACGCUCUGGCAGGCACCACACACACACAACACAACACAACACAAGAGAAGACAAUUCAACUCACGCGCAUCACAGACCAGACCCUUGUGCAGGCAGGCAGGCAGGCAGGCAGGCCUACAGGUAGUAUGGCGGCCUGUUGUUGGCCGUUAUGUCGUGGAUCUUGAGGAUUAUCUGGUGGUCCACACCCUUGUCUGACACAUGGACGGAUGGAUGGAUGGAUGGAUGGAUGGCAGACACACCACACGAGGGACCACACAACACACGUGUGUGAGUCCAUCUGUCUGUCCAUCUGUGUGUGCAUGCAGUUGGCUGGCCCCAUACCAUUGAGUGCAGCAGAAGCCGCCUGGUUGGCCUCCUCCAACUCAGCUAUCGAACCCUGAGUGACAGACAACGCACACCAGACGCCACACGGUGCACACAGGCGGUGCUGCCUGUGCUGGCCAUCAGACGGCCUGCCUGUUUCCCUCCUCCCCUCGCCCGCUCCCCUCUCUCACGCGCCAUGGUCCCCUGUAGCCGCCCGGCCCGCCCCCCGUCAGCUUGUUGACGCCACUCAAGUCACCCGCCCGCUGACACACACACACACACAUUGAUGGGGGUCAUCGUUGCUGGCCGUGCUUGUGUGUGUGUGUGUGUGUGUGUGUGUGUUGGGGGCGGUGUGUGUGUUGGUAUACGCCUUCCAGCCACUGGUAGAUGGUUUGUGCUUCGGGUAUGUCUUGGGGGUCGUAGAAGAUGAUCGUAGAGUGGCUCGUGUUGAGCGACUUGCCAGAAAAGGCACUCACACGCGCACCUGCACCCAGACAUUAAUGCGUGUGUGUGAUCUGAAUGCAUGUCUUGGGAGGGAGUAAGCAACAAGGGCGCGGCGCGUGUGGGCGGCGUGUGUGUGUGUGUGUGUGUGUGCACCCUUGAUGGCGACCACAUGCUGGGCGGUGUUGGGGUCCAGAGCAUCCAACUCGCCGCACUGCAUCAGACGCGCACACCGAGCCAUAGCUAUACAGCGUGUGGUGGAAUUCCAUCCACCCACACACACACGUGUGUGUGCCUUCCUACCUUGUCCCCCCAGAAUGUGAUUUCGAUCUCGGCCAUCGAGUCGUCCACCAGGCCCACCUUCUGCGUCUGGCGCUCCUCACCUUUCUGCACAUCCACACACACACACACGCACACACACUCGACAAGGGAGAGUCUGUCUGUUUGUCUGUCUGACAUAGUGGCCCACUCGUGGACCCUUCUACUGGCUGGCUGACCCUUGUGGUGAUGGUUCUUCGGUCCCCAAUGUAGGUGACGGCGGCGACGACGUCCACCGUGUCGCCAUCCUCGCGCUGCGCCAGGUCAGCUAUCUUGACAAACUCGAAACUGACACACAAAGGGAGGGAGGGAGGGAGGGAGGGAGAGAGGUGCGUGCGUGUAUGUGUAUGUGUGUGUGGGGUGUGCUUACUUGUUCUGCGGUAUGUCCUGGUCGUCGUCGACCUCCUCAAUCAUGGUGCUGGUGUCGAAGGUGAUCUCGUAUGGGUGCUUCAACUUGUUGAACCGACUGCACACACACACACACAUACAGACACACACACACACACACACAUAUGCCGCAGUGUAAAGCUGUGUCAUUGAGGCGCCCCUCCCUCCCUCCCUCCCUCCCUCCCUCCCUCCAUGGUCGCUCACGUGUUGGUCUGCUUGAUGACGCCCCGGCUGACGCGAUACACCUGCACUCGUCCAUCCAUCCAUCCAUCCACACCCUCAUGGCUGUGUCCUCUCUUGGGAUGUUCCUGGCUGGUCUGCUGACCUUGCCCAUCUCGAGCACAUUGAAGAACCUGUCGGCCGCCGCGCCGAAGAAGGUGCCCUUAAUCUCUGACUGCACACACACACGCAGAGAGACAAACAAGGAGGCAGGCAACACACAAUCGGUCAGGCCAUGGUCGGCUGGAAAGGUGUGUGUUUGUUGUGCUCCCUCCCUCCCGUACGUACGUCUGCGUCUACAAAGUUGGCGCUGAAGAGUUUGCCGUCGCCGCGAGCGUUGGUGAAGGACCGCAUGUCAGACCUGCAUGGCGUGAAGUGAACACACACGCUACACACGGUGAGUCUGCCUGCCCGUGGUUUCCCUGGCUGGCCAGCCAGUGUGUCCGAUCCGCACUUGAGUGAGCACCGGGCCUUGAAGGUCCAUCGCUGCUGCCAGGGGUUCAACUCACUGAUGCUAACGUAUUGCCUGUCAUGUCACGUACGCAACCAGAGAAGACACACACGCAUGAGUGUCCGACACUGCCGGCUGCAAUUUGUGUGUGCAUGUGUGUGUGCGUGUGUUGCUUACGCGCCCUGCGAGCGUGCGAUCGGCCCGCCGCCCAUGUUGCCCUGAAACCCCCCUGAAAACACACACACACACACAUCCGUACACCGAUCCGAUCAUUCACCAGACCAGCCCAGCAUCCCUCCCUCCCAUCGAUCUCAUCCACUCCACCCCGCGACCUACCCCUCUGCGGCCCCCCUCCCCGCCCCCUCGCCCCAGCAGCCAUCGGUGGCCGUCCUGGUCGCCCAACCAGCACCCCCGGACGACCAGGCCCACCACCGCCCAUCAUCCCGCCCCUCCCGCCCCGCACACCCUGCUGCUGCUGCUGCUGUUGCUGCUGGUACGGGUUGGCGGCCGCCGCAGCCGCCGGCCGCGGCCGCCCGCCGAACGGAUUGCGAUGCUGCAGGGGGACGGGCGCAGGUGCGACAGGGGACGCCGAUACGUCCUCGGCGGCCUCCUCCUCCUCCUGCUGCUGCUGGUGGUGGUGGUGGGGUGGCGGGGGUGCUGCGGCCGAGUCUAUGGGGUCGGCGUCGGGUGAGCCUGGGUAGACGGUGUAGCUGCCGAGGAUGAUUAAGGGCUGCCCUUGGCUGCCGUCCGGACUGGUGAACGAACCCACAAUGAAGGAACCCAGAAUGAACAAACGAAUACAAUACUUGUUGCAUGACUGACUCCCUCCCUCCCUCUCUCCCGUGCGUUGCCUACUUGGGUCUGGCUUUGAGGCUGCAUUGCUGGAAGUGCACAUAGUCGCCGACGUUGACUUCGCCGAAGUGGGCCAGCGCGUUGUCCGGAAUGACCAUAGCCCGCGGCUGGGUCUCGCCUUGCCGGGCAAUCACUUUCAGGCUGACGCGGUGGCCACACACACAACGCAGCACAGCACAGCACAGAUCAGCAGGAUGGCUGGAGAGAGUUGAUGUCGUGUCGUUAGUUGUACGCUCACAGUGUGACAUUCUUGUCCGGCUUGUGUUGUGCCUCGACGACCCUCACGAGGCCCUCCGUGGUCUGCUCGUUGAACCUCGGCACCAACUCCAUCUAUGCGGGAGGAUGAGAUGGGAUAAGAGAGAGAUGCAGAUCAAACCAAACCAGGUCGAAUCAACGUCGCUAUGCCUCCAGAUGCUGCGAUGCUAACAUAUAUGCGUCGGCAAUGCCCGAGAAUGCCUCGCGCGGGGCAGAUACACUCAUUCUUGCGACAAACGUUCCACUUCUUCAACUUCAAUUUUUGAGCGCGCAU